AUGAUAUCUGCACCAGCUGAUACGAAAGGCUUUGAAAAGAAAGGUUUAGACGGCAAGGUCGUCCCUUUCUCUCAAGGCAGGACCCUAGGAGGUUCAAAGUUUGGCAACGAGGGCUGGGACUGGAAGACUCUGGCGCCUUAUUACCGAAAGUUCUACACACUGACGCGCCCAUCACCUGAGGCUUGCAAGCACCUGCGUCUCGAGUAUAUCGACGAUGCUGUACAUGCCACCAAUGGGCCAGUACAGGCCAGCUUCCCUGAGGAGGCCGAAGAACCCUUACCUACUGCUUGGGUGGACACAUUUGCCGCCCUGGGAUACCCGGCUUCAGGUGAUCCCUUUUCUGGAGAGAUGUGUGGUGGGUACAUCAAUGCUAUGAGUAUCGAUCCUAAGUCGAGGACUCGCAGUUAUGCGGUGACUGCAUACCUUGAACCUGCCGAGACUCGUCCCAAUCUACGAGUCAUUACGGGUGCUAUUGUCGAACAGAUUAUAUUCGAUACAUCGGGUGCUAUCCCGAAGGCUGUUGGUGUCCAGGUUGAGGUAGACGGAAGCACAACUACCAUCACGGUAACUAAGGAGGUGAUUCUAGCAGCCGGCGCGUUUGGUACUCCCAAGGUUCUAGAGCUCUCAGUUGUUGGGCCACGCAGGCACCUUGAGUCUCUUGGGAUAAAUGUUGCUGUGGAUAACCCUAACGUGGGUGAAAACCCACAAGACCACCCUAAUACCAGCAUUAGUUUCGAGGUGGCGGAUGGCGUGAAGACGUUGGACCCGUUGAGUCGUCAGGAGCCUGAGGCGCUUGAGGCAGCCAUGACGGCGUAUACAACCGAAAAGGCUGGCCCAUUCGCAACUAGCGGGACCUUUGUUGGUUCCCUGAUUCCUUUGCCCGACUUCGUAGGGCCCGACGGCGAGGACACGUUGAGGCAGGUGCAGUCCCUUGUCGAAGACGAUGCCAUGUCAGGCCUCUUUUCACCUUAUCAUGCCUCAUUCGUAAAGCGAGCUCUUGCCAAUCCUUGUGAAGGCGUCGGUCAGGUCUUCACAUACCCUUCGUGCAAUAACGUCAACCCAGAGGGUGCAGGUGUCAAUAUCCUCCACCACGGCGACAGGAGUACCCAGGAAAACUUUUGCACCCUGGUUGCAACCAUUCUCUACCCACUCAGUCGCGGCAGCGUCCAUAUCACAUCAGCAGACCCUAAGGCCAAGCCUGCCAUCGAUCCGCGCUAUCUCGAGCACCCGGUUGAUCUAGAAAUACUGGCGCGGUUCCUGCAAUACUUCGAGAAGAUUAUCAGCACUGAACCGCUGAGUAAGCUGAUCAAACGAAACGGAUCGCGCAAUGGCGCGCCGCUGGACCUAAGCGAUCUUGAAGUAGCCAAAACGUAUACGAAAAGGUCCUGUCUGAGUUGCUGGCAUGCAACUAGCUCGUGUGCUAUGCUCCCACGAGAGCGCGGUGGUGUGGUCAACAGCGAUUUACUCGUUUAUGGAACCACGGGACUGCGGAUUGUGGAUUCCAGUGUCAUUCUAUCAGCAACGCGUGGAAACACGCAAACAACGGUCUAUGCAGUUGCAGAGCGGGCUGCGGAUAUGAUCAAAGCCAGUCAUGGAAUAGCAACCAACUAG